CGUCCCCCAUUCAAAGCGAGCAACAGACGCUGCCAAACAGUUCCGGGUCUGUCUGUCUUUUCUUCUGAAGGUUUUAAAGUGUUUUGAAGUUAAAAGUUUAAUAUUUCGUUGUUGGAUAUGUUAAAAUGUGAGUGAAGUGAAGGACUGGCUGAAGAAAGAAAAGCUGACGGAUAAAAAGAAAAGGCAGCGUUUGUUUUUCGGGCGAACAGGAUGGAGGGGGCGGAGCAAAGAGGAUCCAUCAAUGUGGCAUUGAGUGUCACAAAGGAUGAGACUCCUGCUAUGGAACCAAACAGUUACUACAACCACACUGAUGACAACGUCCUCUCCAGUCCAGCUGAGGCCUCACCAACGGUCACCAUGGAAACGACUUGGCGUAAAGAUGUCCAGGGAGUGAUGCCAGAGAAAAAGGGAAAUGGACCAAUCAUUGUCCAGGGCAAGAACCUAGCAGGUGAGAAGCUGGAGAGAGUUCGAAAGUGGAGCAUCAGUACCUACAAGUGUACCAGGCAGGCUCUCUCAGAAAAGCUCGGUCGCGGGUCCCGUACGGUGGAUCUGGAUCUGGAGCCUCGCAUGGAGCUGCUCCGAGACGAGCGGCAGCGCUAUGAAAAUGUGAUCAAACUGGCUGAGAUGCUGGCCAAUCAGCUUGCGCAGUUCGCAGUUACCCAGAAGACCCUGGGGGACACCUUCUCUGACCUCAGCCUCAAAACACCAAAGCUGCAUGUGGAGUUUGGCAUGAACGCAGACGUGCAGAAGUUCCUCUCCAAGAGCGGCGAGACUCUGACGGCGGCGGUUAACUCCUUCACGGCUGACAUGAGCACCCUGGUCAACAAAACCAUCGAGGACACCAUGUUGGACACCAAGUUGUAUGAGGAGGCCAGGAUCGAAUAUGAUGCAUACCGAGUCGACCUGGAGGAGCUGAACCUAGGGCCACGGGACGCCACCACCCUGCCCAAACUGGAACAGGCGCAGAAAAACUUCCAGGGCCAGAGGGAUCGAUACCAGAAGGUCAGAGACGACCUGUCUGUCAAACUCAGACUGUUGGAGGACAACAAGGUCAGAGUCCUACAUAACCAGUUGUGGCUGCUCCACAACGCCGUCGCAUCACACAGUUUGUCUUGUCACAGUUUCCUGGAACAGAACAUUCAGAAGGCCAGAGACACCCUCGGGGUCGGCAGCGUGGACGACCCCUCCUGGCUGGAGGACUGUUGAUAUUUGGGGAGGAGCGGAGAAAUAUAGUUCAGGUGUGAAAAUGUGUUUUGGUGGAUUUUUUUAUUUAUUUAUCUUAAAAUAUCUACAAACUGGAUUCCAGCUGGUUUUGGACUUUCCUCCUUCAGGUCUGGAAAGUUGAGCAUCAGUCUACAAACGACAAGCUAGUUCUCCAGAGAGAACUCCUGAGCGGUUUAUAACAGAGGCAUGUUUCUGCUCCUCGUGGGUGUCUCAGAGUGUAUUUGGGAGAAAAGUGCUCUAAUUCUCCAUGAGGCAUUAAGCCCGUCUUUGAACUUGGAAAAAUCCUUAGAUGCUGCCAAAGAGAAACUCACAGCGACUCAAUUGACUCAACUGGGAAACAUCUUCCGCUCCACAGGACCAGAACUACAAAACCAUACACCUGGCAGAUGAAUACCUCUAAACGGAGAUACGGGAUGGGUUUUAUUGGGUUGAUCCUGGUUACUAUCUACCUUUCUGAGUCUUGGUACUCAGACUUUUACCAACAAAACUCGUAACUCCGUAAGCUUCAUCUGCCAUCUUAUUAACAUGCUAUUAUUUAAUAGAAUUUACGUUUUUAAAUAUCAACCAUGAGCCAGAAAUGUUAGCGUUUUGUCACCAUCGACACUGAAAAAAAGAAUAGUUGAACCAACUUAAAUGAAUUGUUUAAAUUGGUAACAUCUAAAUGAAUUAAGUUGUUUGAACUUAAGUUUGUAAAUUGGAGUUAAUCUAACUUACUAACUUAAAUUCAGACAACUUAAUUUAUUCAGGUGUUUCCAUUUGAAACAACUUUUUAAGUUUUUAAGUUGGUUCUUUUUUCAGUGUACUGCACGUAACUGUGUUUUCAAAGACUGAAAGUUAUAUUCAGUUUUCAUGAAAUUGCUACUUUUUUCUGACUCGGACCAAAAAUUCACUCGCAUCUUCCGCCUCAUAAAUAUUUUUUGGUUUCCACUCCAUAGAUGUAUGUUUCUUUUGGGGGGGGGGGGCAAAAUAACACGACACUUAUUUUAAAAAAUGUAACCACUAGAUGUUAGUCAUUCAUAAUUUAACUAUAUGAUGGUAAAAGGCCACCUUUUGUGUUGCACCAUGUAUGUUCUCGCAUUUUUUGCACUUAAAUUGCAGGAACUGCCUUUUACUGCUCCAAUUCCUUCCAUUAUAUUUAUAUGCAUUUAUUUAGAUUUUUUUAAUGUGCAUGAUUGUGUUGUUUGAGGGUGUGGAUUAUUUGUGCAAUAAUAGCUGGAAAAAUUUUCGAACUUUUCAGCUCAGUUGAAGUCUCAAUAUUUGCAACAAAUUUAAUUCAAGAUAAAUUAAAACGUAACAUGAAAUUCAAGACUUUUCCUUGAAAAUGUUUCGUUGCAGUAAAGAAAACAUCACGUGUUGGACAAAUGGGGACGUUCAGUGGCAGAAUUAAUGUUUUAACAGUUGCAUUUUUACACUUCUCGUGAUGAAACAUUUGUGGAACUCCUUACAGAAGUGGACUCUGAACCAGGAUCGUUCCAUUUUUCUGCCAGCGGGACCAAAGAUCAAGUGAAUCUGAACUCCAAUCAAAAUGUGUUAAAAGUGGUUUUAUUCUUGUUUGAAAUAUGUUUAUGAUGCCAAAUAAAGUUCUUGA